GACAUGAUAACAAAUCUUAUUAGGAGCAAUUGCUAAACUAUAUAUGCAUUACAUUUAAUUUUCCAUUGCAAAAUUGAAAGCUGAAAACCAAGUAGUCAACUUGAGUUGGUCCACACACAGUUGCAGCCAUCCUCAUCAAGAUGCAAUGUGAACCAGCCUUCUUGUCAGCAACUCAUAAAGGUGAAUUAAUUAACGCUCCCCAUUUGAAAAAUGCACCUCCUUCUUCCUUUCUUCAAUAUCUAUGCAGAAAUUGAUACUAUCUAUCAUUCAGAAUCAUAACCUCACAAAGUCUUGAAACAAAGACUAAUAGAGUUUCCUGAUAAGUCACCAUUGACCAGCAACAUUUUCCCAUAAUCUGCACAACCCAAGAUCAAAGUUACUAGUAAACUCUUUAUGAUAAAAUCUCACAUGGGUGCCUCCUUUUUAGCUUAGUUUUGGAGAAUUUUCACUCCAAGAACAGGAAAUGAAGUCCUUUCAUCUUCUCCUUCCUCUGUUUCUAUUGCUUGUGCUUCUUAGUCCGCAGCUGGUUGUUGGAAAUGCAGAGCUCAGAGCUCUGAUGGACUUGAAAUCCUCUCUGGACCCAGAAGACAAGCUCCUUGGCUCGUGGACAAGUGAUGGUGAUCCAUGCAGUGGUUCCUUCUUGGGGGUUUCGUGCAACGAGCACCGCAAAGUGGGGAAUAUAUCAUUGCCAGGGAGGGGUCUUUCUGGCAAGCUCUCUCCAGCGGUGGCUGAACUCAAAUGCUUAUCUGGUUUGUAUCUGCAUUACAACCAUCUUUCUGGUGAGAUACCAGCAGAGAUUUCAAAUCUCAAUGAAUUGGUUGAUCUUUAUCUCAACUUCAAUAAUCUAUCCGGAACCAUUCCUUCACAUAUGGGGAACAUGUCUAGCCUCCAAGUGCUGCAGUUAGGCUAUAACCAGCUGGAGGGGAACAUACCUGAGCAGAUGGGUUCAUUGAAGCAGCUUACAGCUCUUGCUUUGCAACAUAACAAAUUAACUGGUCAAAUUCCUCUAAGCUUGGGGAACUUGGAGAUGCUAAGGAGGCUAAAUUUGAGCUUUAACAAUUUCAAUGGUAUGAUCCCGGCGACACUCGGUGAUAUUGCAUACUUGGAAGUUCUAGAUGUUCAAAACAAUUCUCUUUCAGGGAUUGUUCCUUCUGCAUUGAAGAAAUUGCAGGAAGGGUUCCAAGGUGCAAACAACCCAGGUCUCUGUGGAGUUGGAUUUUCUUCUUUGAGAGUAUGCAACACAGAUAAUAAAUUUGAUGCCAGCCAAUUUGAUGCCUCAGAUGUAUACAUAAACACAAAUCCUCCAAAAAAUAUCCCAGAGCCUGCAAAUACCAAGUUGCAUUCUAACCAGACACACUGCUCAAGAUCAAGAAAGGUUACUUAUACUGUCAUUGCAGCAAGUGUUAGUACUAUCACUAUCACAUUCAUGGCUAUUGGGUUUUUCAUAUUUCUCAGAUAUCGCCGCCAAAGACAGAGAAUCAGGAAUUCAUCCGAUCCUUCUGAGGGCCAAUUUAGUCCUCACCAGCCUAAAGAAUCUUACAGUAGAAGUCCAUCUCCACUUGUUAAUCUUGAUUAUUAUUAUAAUGGAUGGGAUUCAUUGGCUGAUGGUGAACAUUUAAAAAGUUUUAGAUUCAAUGUUGAUGAGGUGGAAUCAGCAACACAGCACCUUUCUGAGGCCAAUUUAUUGAGCAAGAGCAAAUUCUCAGCAGUCUAUAAAGGAGUUCUCAGGGACGGUUCUCAUGUGGCUAUUAGAAGUAUUAGUGAGACAUGCUGCAAAACUGAGGAAGCUGAAUUUGUGAAGGGGUUGUGCCUAUUAACCUCACUGAGACAUGAAAACAUUGUUAAGAUGAGAGGCUUCUGUUGCUCAAAAAGUAGAGGUGAGUGCUUUCUUAUCUAUGAGUUUGCCACCAGGGGAAAUCUGUCUCAAUAUCUUGACAUGGAAGAUGGAAGCAACCAUGUUCUUGAGUGGUCCAACAGGGUUUCUAUCAUCAGGGGCAUUGCAAAUGGAAUUGAAUAUCUGCACAGCAAUGAAGCAAGUAAAGCUACAAUAGUACACCAAAACAUUUCAGUUGAAAAAGUUAUGCUUGACCAUCAGUUUAAACCAUUGAUCAUGGAUGCUGGCCUCCCCAAGCUUCUUGCAGAUGAUGUUGUGUUCUCAGCUCUGAAAGUAAGUGCUGCCAUGGGAUAUCUAGCUCCUGAAUACAUCACUACUGGACGCUUUACUGAGAAGAGUGACAUAUACGCAUUUGGGGUCAUUGUUCUUCAAGUUCUAUCUGGGAAGACAACAAUAGGUGGUUCAAUCCGGAACGCGGUUGAAUCUUUAAGAUUUGAAGAAUUUGUGGACAAAAAUCUAAAGGGAAUAUAUUCUAAAUCUGAAGUAGAAAUUCUUUCAAAGCUUGCAACAGCGUGCACCCAUGAGCUUCCUGAUCAAAGGCCAGCCAUGAGGGAGGUGAUUCAGGAGCUGAGCAUGUUAGCAACUCAUUCUUCAUGAUCUACCCCUUUCUAUGUGUACUAUGAGACAUUGAAACAUUUUCUAACAGCUCUGCUUCAUCAUGGCUAUGGUUUCAAUUUGCAUAGUCAUAAACUCAUUACUAAUCACUUGCCAAAUAAUUGUAAAUUUAAAUGAAAUCCUGUCUUGUUUAUUCAGCAUGGCUGAAAGUGUGGAAGGAUGUUCUUUUUCUGUAAUCGGGAGGAAGUGCCUCUAAAGGUAACUUAGAUAUUGAAUAAAUUACUAACAAUCUUAGCUAUA